AUGAGGAGAAACCAGCUGCCCACACCAGUCUUCCUCUUACUGUUCCUGCUUCUUCCUAGAGAUGCCACCGCAGCUACUGCAAAACCACAAUACGUGGUGCUGGUCCCUUCAGAGCUCUAUGCAGGAGUUCCCGAAAAGGCCUGUGUCAACCUCAACCACGUGAACGAGACCGUAAUGCUCAACAUAACUCUGGAGCAGGGGAUGCAGCACACAAACCUCCUCACAGGCCAGACCGUGGAUAAGGACUCCUUCUACUGCAGCUCUUUCACGAUCUCAAAUUUGCCUUCACCCUCGGCAUUCCUUACUGUGGAGAUAAAAGGACCAACGCAGCACUUCAUAAAGAAGAAGUCAAUGACGAUAAUAAAACUUGAGGGCCCAGUCUUUGUCCAGACAGACAAACCCAUAUACAAACCAGGACAGGAAGUGAAAUUCCGAGUUGUCUCUUUGGACAUCGGUUUUCGCCCAUUGAAGGAAACGUUUCCUGUCAUUUAUAUCCAGAAUCCCAAGAGGAACCGAAUUUUUCAAUGGCAAAAUGUUCAUCUACCAGGAGGACUCCAGCAGCUUUCAUUACCACUGUCUAUUGAGCCAGCUCUAGGUACCUACAAGGUUGUAGUGGAGAAGGACUCAGGGAAGAAAAUAGAACACUCCUUUGAGGUGAAGGAAUAUGUCUUACCCAAAUUUGAGGUGCAAAUAAAAAUGCCCAAGACUAUGUCUUUCCUGGAAGAGGAACUUCCUGUAACUGUUUGUGGCUUAUACACAUAUGGAAAGCCUGUUCCUGGUCUGGUGACAAUAAAAGUGUGCAGAGUCUAUUCACAAUACUAUUCCAACUGCCAUGGCCAAAAUACAAAAAGUAUCUGUGAAGAAUUCAGCAAACAGGCAGAUGAAAAAGGAUGUUUCAGGCAAGUUGUAAAAACCAAAAUAUUCCAGCCCAGACGAAAAGGGUUUGAGAUGGCGAUUAAGGUGGAAGCCAGGAUCAAAGAAGAGGGAACAGGAAUAGAACUAACUGGUACUGGAUCCUGUGAAAUCAAAAAUACCUUAAGCAAACUGAAAUUUACUAAAGCAAAUAAAUAUUACAGGCCCGGGCUACCUUUCUUUGGGCAGGUUCUUCUUGUUGAUGAGAAGGAUCAACCAAUCCCCAACAAAAAGCUAUCUGUCUAUGUGGAUAUAGCUGGGCACAAGCCCACUUUUACUACGGAUGAGCAUGGCUUGGCCAACAUUCUCAUUGACACUUCCAACUUCACAUUUUCGUUUAUGAGAGUCGUGGUCAUCUACAAGAACAACAAUUUGUGCUAUGAUAACUGGUGGCUUGAUGAAUAUCACACACAGACAGAUCAUUCUGCAACUCGCAUCUAUUCCCCAAGCCAGAGUUAUAUUCAACUUGAACUUGUUCUUGGUACUUUGGCCUGUGGGCAAACUCAGGAGAUUCGGGUACACUACCUCUUGAAUGAGGACAUCAUGAAAGAUGAAAAAGACUUAACCUUUUACUAUCUGAUCAAAGCAAGGGGAAGCAUCUUCAACUCAGGAAGCCACCUGUUGUCCCUUGAACAAGGAAACAUGAAAGGAGUAUUUUCCUUCCCAAUUCAAGUGGAGCCAGGCAUGGCUCCCGGGGCUCAGCUCCUCGUGUAUGCUAUUUUACCUAAUGAAGAACUUGUCGCUGAUGUUCAGGAAUUCGAAAUCGAGAAGUGUUUUGCCAAUAAGGUAGAUUUGAGUUUCCCAUCAGCACAGAGCCUGCCAGCCUCUGACACCCACCUGAAGGUCAAAGCCACACCUCUGUCCCUCUGCGCCCUCACUGGAGUAGACCAGAGUGUGCUGCUACUGAAGCCAGAAGCCAAGAUCUCACCUCAAUCAAUAUAUAAUUUGCUGCCAGGAAAGGCUUCCCCGGUUAUUUUGAUUCGUGCCCCAGGGAAUUACGAAAGUGAGAAAUGCAUCAGUUCAGAAGACAUCAUUCACAACGGGCUCGUGUACACACCAAAGCAAACUCUGAGUGACGACGAUGCACACAGCAUUUUCCAGUCUAUAGGAUUAAAUAUUUUUACCAACUCCAAAAUCCACAAGCCACACUUUUGUCCAAUGUAUCAACACUAUCCGCCUAUGCAAGGAGCAAUGCCUCAAGCCUUAGCUAUGGCUGCAAGCCCAGGAGUCAGCGGCUUCAGAUCAAGAGGCCCUGUGAUGGGCAGCGCAAUGAUGAUGAGUACCCCGGAAAAUGCUCCGGUGGUGGAAGUAAGAGAGACAGUGCGGAAGUACUUCCCGGAGACCUGGAUCUGGGACUUGGUGUCGCUGGACGUAUCCGGGGACGGUGAGUUGGCAGUAAAGAUCCCCGACACCAUCACUGAGUGGAAGACCAGUGCAUUCUGCUUGUCUGAAGCUACUGGCCUUGGUCUAUCCUCCACCAUCUCCCUUCAAGCCUUCCAGCCCUUCUUCCUGGAACUCACUCUCCCCUACUCUGUGGUCCGAGGAGAAGCCUUUACCCUCAAAGCCACCGUGCUCAACUACAUGUCUCACUGCAUUCGGAUCCGUGUGGACCUAGAGAAUUCUCCUGAUUUCCUGGCAGCCCCAGUCGGGGACCAUGAAAAUUCUCAUUGCAUCUGUGGAAAUGAAAGAAAAACCGUGGCCUGGGUUGUGACCCCAAAGUCGCUGGGGGAGGUGAACUUCACAGCUACUGCAGAAGCUUUGCAGUCUCCAGAACUGUGUGGCAAUAAGUUGACAGAAGUGCCAACCCUUGGACAGAAGGACACUGUAGUGAAGCCCGUAAUAGUCGAGCCUGAAGGAAUCGAGAAGGAGCAAACGUACAACACACUGUUAUGCCCACAAGAUAAUGAGUUACAAGAUAAUUGGUCACUGGAUCUUCCACCCAAUGUGGUUGAAGGAUCUGCCAGGGCUACACAUUCCGUUUUGGGUGAUAUACUAGGCUCUGCACUCCAAAACCUCCAGAAUCUUCUCCAGAUGCCCUAUGGCUGUGGGGAACAAAACAUGGUCCUUUUUGUCCCUAACAUCUAUGUUCUGAACUAUCUGAAUGAGACACAACAGCUGACAGAGGCGAUCAAGUCCAAAGCCAUUAGCUACCUCACCAGUGGGUAUCAGAGGCAGCUGAACUAUCAGCACAGCGAUGGCUCGUACAGCACAUUCGGGGACCGUGGUGGUAGGAACAGUCACGGAAAUACUUGGCUCACUGCAUUUGUGCUUAAGGCCUUUGUUCAAGCUCAGUCAUACAUCUUUAUAGAGAAGACACACAUCACAAAUGCUUUCAACUGGCUCUCGAUGAAACAAAAGGAGAACGGUUGUUUCCAGCAGUCUGGAUACCUGCUCCACAAUGCGAUGAAGGGCGGUGUGGAUGAUGAAGUGACUCUCUCAGCCUACAUCACCAUCACUCUGCUGGAGAUGCACCUGCCUGUCACUCACAGUGUUGUUCGCAAUGCUCUAUUUUGCCUGGAAACGGCUUGGGCGUCCAUCUCACAGAGCCAAGAAAGUCAUGUCUAUACUAAGGCAUUGCUCGCCUAUGCCUUUGCCCUGGCAGGAAACAAAGCCAAGCGAAGCGAGCUGCUUGAAUCUCUAAACAAAGACGCUGUGAAGGAAGAGGAUUCGAUGCACUGGGAACGUCCUGGUUCUGGGAAUGUUCAGGCCAGGAGGUCUGUAACCUUACCCUAUAAACCACGGGCCCCUUCUGCUGAAGUGGAGAUGACGUCUUACGUGCUUCUUGCCUAUCUUGCCUCUGAGUCUUCCCGGCCUACACGGGACCUGUCUUCAUCAGACCUGUCUACAGCAUCCAAGAUUGUGAACUGGAUCAGCAAGCAGCAAAACUCCAAUGGGGGCUUCUCCUCCACUCAGGACACAGUGGUGGCUCUUCAAGCCCUCUCCAAAUAUGGAGCUGCCACUUUUACGAAAAGUAAGAAAGAAGUGAAGGUCACCAUCGUCGAGUCUCCAGGGACCUUCUCUCAUACUCUCCAUGUUAAUGAUGGCAAUCGCCUGCUGCUGCAGGAAGUCAAGCUGCCAAAUCUGCCCGGAAAUUACAUCACCAAAGGGUCCGGCUCAGGAUGUGUGUACCUCCAGACAUCUCUAAAGUACAACAUCCUCCCAGAGACAGAAGGAGAAGCACCCUUCAUUCUGCAGGUCAACACUCUCCCCUUAAACCUUAAUAAGGCAGAAGAUCACAGAACAUUCCAGAUUCACAUCAAUGUAAGCUACACUGGAGAACGACCCAGCUCCAACAUGGUCAUUGUUGAUGUGAAGAUGGUAUCAGGCUUCAUACCUGUGAAGCCAUCUGUGAAAAAGCUCCAAGACCAUCCUAACAUUCAGAGGACUGAAACGAACACCAACCAUGUUCUAGCCUACAUUGAAAAGCUAACCAAUCAAACCCUGGGUUUCUCCUUCAUGGUGGAACAAGACAUUCCCGUUAAGAACCUAAAACCAGCCCCAGUAAAAGUCUACGAUUAUUAUGAAACAGAUGAAUUCGCCAUUGAAGAAUACAGUGCCCCUUUCAGUGAUGGCUCUGAACAAGGAAAUGCUUAA